AUGGAAAAUAAAACUACUGAUGAAAUAAAUGAAGAAGAAAAUAAAAAAUUAUUAAUUUUACAUAAAAAUUUUAAAGAAAGCUCAUUUGAAAAUAGAUUAAGAUUUGAGUGUGAAUUAGAAUUUGUACAAUCAUUAAGCAAUAUAGAAUAUAUAAAAUAUUUAUAUGAAAAUAAAUACUUUGAUGAUAAAAAAUUCUUAAAUUAUUUAAAAUAUUUAAAUUAUUGGAGAAGUAAGCCAUAUAUAUUUUACAUUCAUUUCCCGAUAUGUUUAUAUGUUUUAGAAAUUUUAAACGAUAACAAAGUACAUGAAUAUUUUAGGAAUUCCACUUCAUUUAACAAUUUUAUUUAUUAUUUAAAAUUACAUUGGUUGUAUUUCAGUUAUCAAACUUAA